AUGCCGAAUGAAUCAAUUGAUCUCUUCGACAAUCUUAAACCUUUCUUGGAAAAUGUGAUCGCAAGACCCGAGAUUUUCAUAGCUGCAGAACAAAGUCUUUCUUUGGAAGCACUAAAUAUUACUAAAAAACUAUAUGAUUUUUGUAAAAGCGAAGAGCAGAAGGAUCUCCUAGAGUGGCGAGAGGUAGCGCACAGCAAUCCGGUUGAAGAAUUGAGAAUAGAAGAUUUAAGCAAUGAGCAAAUUUGGAAUGAGCUUAGUACACAAAACAUGCCAUUCUUAGAAUAUGUCAACGAGCAACUUGACGAUCUCGACGAAUUGGUUGGCGGACGCGAACAACACGAGGAAUAUGAUAAAGAUCAGGCAGUCUUCGAUUUUAGCGAUACGAUAGAGAUGCAGCAUGAUGGUUCCGAGAUCGACAGUGAGGAAAUCAAUCCUCUAGAUGAGGAGAUAGAAUCAGAAGAGGAAGAGGAUCAGCAAAUGGAUGAGGAAUUAACAGAUGAUGACGAAGGGAACACAGCUUUCCACUCUGAACUUGAUGACCAAUUCUUUAACUUGGCUGAGUUCAAUGAGACCACUGGGGCUGAUAAACCUUUCGAAAUAAAUUCGCGUUCUAACGCAAGUGAUGAGGAUGAUAUUGAUUAUUUCGCCGAUCCCAAUGAAUUGGCCAAUAAAGACGAAUUAAAUGAUAUAAUGUAUGAGGACUUUUUUGAUCCUCCUAAGAAAAAGAAAAAUCACAAAUCCAAUAGAAAAAGGAUCUUACCGCACGAUGAUUUGACUGGAUCAAAAGUUAACCUUAAUCCUGAUUCCGGGAAAGACGAACAUUUGACACACGUCGUACGCAAUCUAUUUGCCCAAGAUGAAAGCGAUGACGAAGAUAGACCUCUGAAUAGUUUAUUGGAAGAGGAUUUGGAAUUUGAUUAUAUUGCCAAGCCUGUUCCUGUUAUAACUGAAGAAGUUACAGAAAAACUCGAAGACAUGAUCAAGAGGAGAAUAUUAGAUGAAACAUUCGACGACGUGGAGCGCAAGCGCGAUCCCAAUUUUCGACCAUUUCUACCUUCGAAACUAGUCGAAGUAUCGACCGAAAAAUCAAAGAAGUCACUAGCAGAGAUUUACGAAGAAGAUUAUGUUAUGCAAACCACUAAGGAUCUGUCCAAUGAAAAGGACGAAGCGCUAAAAAAAGAACACCAGGAAAUUGAAAACAGUUUCAAGGAAUUGUGUUAUAAAUUAGAUGCUCUGAGUAAUUUCCACUAUACACCAAAACCACCAAAACCCGAAAUCACUGUUGUUACUGACGUACCGGCCAUUGCUAUGGAAGAAGUAAUACCCAUUAAUGUUAGCGAUGCUACAUUGCUGGCCCCCGAAGAAGUGUAUGAUAAGAAAAGACGCGAAGUAAAGGGUGAUACCGAGAUGGAUUUAAGUGAUAAGAAACGAUCGCGUGCAGAAAAAAAACGAAUAAAAAAGAAAGAGAGAGCUUUGAAGGAACGUGAAAAGAAGAUAAUCGAGAAGAUGAAUCCUGGUAUGGGCAACAAGCACGCCAAAAAGAAAAUCUUGGAUACUCUAAUAGGACAAAAGAAUGUGACGAUCAUCGACAAAGACGGUACACUGAAAUCCGCUGUAAAGAAGAGUCGGGAAGUCAAUAUGCGUUCUACGAACUUAAAAUUAUAA